GGAAGGAUAAAAAGGCUUUGUUCGCUGCCGGGCUGGGCGGAGGCAGGAGGGUCCCGCGGAGGAUGGAGGACAAACCCCCCACCGGCAUCAAGCCCUACCUGGACAAGCUCACCCUGGGCGUCACAAGGAUCCUGGAGACUUCUCCAGGAGUUGCUGAGGUGACAUUUGUGGAGAAGGAGCCAGCUGAACGCCACACCAUCAUUUCUUGGGAGCAAAAAAACUCGUGCAUAUUGCCAGAGGAUUUGAAGAACUUCUAUCUGAUGACGGAUGGCUUCCACAUGACCUGGAGUGUGAAGACCGAUGAUACUCCCAUGCCCCUGGGCUCCAUGGUGAUUAACAGCAUCUCGCAGCUGUGUCGGCUCGGGGGCUCCUCCAUGUACACCCUGCCCAAUGCUCCGACCCUCGCCGACCUGGAAGAUGACACGGACGAGGAAGGUAAUGGAGACAAACCAGAGAAGCCACACUUUGAUUCUCGUAGUCUUAUCUUUGAAUUAGAUCCAUGCAAUGGGAAUGGGAAAGUCUGUCUUGUUUAUAAGCAUGCUGAACCAGUUGUCUCCCCAGACACAGAGAUAUGGUUCCUGGACAGAGCUCUGUAUUGGCAUUUCCUCACCAAAACCUUCACAGCCUACUACCGCCUGCUCAUCACCCACCUGGGUCUCCCACAGUGGCAGUACGCCUUCACCAGCUACGGGGUCAGCCCCCAGGCCAAGCAAUGGUUUAACAUGUACAAACCCAUAACCAUCAACACAGCACUCCUGUCUGAAGAAGCUGAUUCCUUUGUGAACAAGCUGGACCCCAACAAGGUAUUUAAAAGCAAGAACAAAACUCCAGUACUCAAAAAGAAACCACCCUCUCAGCCAGCAGGCCCCCAAAAGAGUCACACGAGCAUGACCUCUGCCAAGACAUCCUCACUAGCUGGGAAUACUUCAAGGAAGUGAGAUCCCCAGAUCUGACCCUGGACGGCAUUUGCAAUAAGCUCUGAUGUUCUCUGCUGCAGAGUCUCAGUGAUUCAGACCAAGUUCCUUGUGCAUGAAUAGAUGUGCCCAUGGAAAACGUACUGCAGCAUUUGCAUGAAAUAUAGCCACGAUGUGGAUGUAGGUCCUGGAGACUCUUAAGAAAAAAAACUUGAGACAUUGAUUUCAUUCCCUUGUGCUACUUACAGCAUGUGUUUUUCAGAGGGCAUGAAGGAGCCCUUGAUGUCACUGCUCUAUAGGGAAGCUUUUGUUCCUGUGCACCUACAGCAGUGAAAUGAAGGCCGAUGUAAGUCACCAUUACUUUAACAGACCAUGCUGAAAUAGAGGUAUGAAGAUGUUUCUGCCAUCUGCUCUGAAAGAAACCUGUCCUGACCUUGCAUGCUGUAGGAGCAGGCUGGAACCUGCUGAACAAAGAAAUAACUUCCACUUCAGAUAGAAUCAGACUCCGCACUUCCCUUUUCUCCUUCCAACUUCUGCUCUGAGAUUCAUGGUACAGGGGGACCUGGGACUUUGGUGUCUGGUUGCUCUUCUCUGGACCUGCUCCAAAACCUCAAUGUCCUUCCUGAACUGAGGGGCUCAGAACUGAACACAAUACCCCAGGUGUGGCCUCGCCAGUGCUGAGUACAGGGGAAGGAUCACUUCCCUGCUCCUGCUGGCCACACUGUUCUUCAUGCAGGCCAGGAUACCAUUGGCCUUCUUGCCCACCUGGGCACACUGCUGGCUCAUCUUCAGCCUCCUGUCAAUCAGCACUCCCAGGUCCCUUUCCACCUGGCUGCUCUCCAGCCACUCUGUGCCCAGCCUGUAGCGCUGCAGGGGGUAUUGGGGCCAAAGUGCAGGACUAAGAACUUGGCCUUGUUGCACCUCAUCCCAUUGGAAUCAAACCAUCUCUCCAGCUUGUCCAGGUCCUUCUGCAGAGCCCUCCUGCCUUCCAGCAGAUCAACACUCCCUCCCAACUUGGUGUCAUCUGCACGUUUGCUAAUGGUACACACAGUCCCCUUAUCCAGAUCAUCAGUAAAGAUAUUAAAUAGAAGUGGGCCCAACACUGAUCCCUGGGGGAAAACCACUAGUGACUGGCUGCCAACUGGAUGCAUGAUUCCAAAUAAGCCUGAAGGCAGCCAGAAGCUACAAGAUCCCACAUUGCCUCCCUCUUGCGGGAACCCCUGAGCAAGGGUGAGUCAAUGGUCUUGAGUCCCAUCAGCAAGGAGGACCCCUUGGUUUGUCACACAUUCAUUUGCAAAGCUGACCGUUAAAACAGCCUUUGCCUUUUCAGUUGGGUGGGAUCUUACCAGGGGCCAUUGAGAUCCUACAACUUUAGAAGCCCCUGGUGCUGUUUUCUGUACUGUAAGUUUUCAGGUUAGAACUGCACUUUAAUCCAUUCACUGCUGGUUUUCAGUUACACCUGAUUGUUUCCACUACUUUUCUAUGCUAUUCUGUCUUCCUAGGUGUGCUGGAAAUGCAUGAUAGAACCCAACACAUUUUGUGCCUAAACAGGGAAAUUAAAGUCACUGUCUUCAAAUAAGCAUUGAUUAUUUAAACAGCAUCAUCUUUAAUUUAUGAAACCAUCACAUAAUUACACAAGACAAACCUACCUCACAGGGAUGUUGUGAGGCUUUCAUUAGUAUUUGUAUGGCCUUCAGAAAAAUGAAGCCACUCUGUAAGUGCUUAAUAGUAUUUUAAUAAAUACUUAAAUAUUUUUGUCCAGAGUGA